UUAAACAUGGAUGUCAACAACAGUGUAGUCAACAGCGGAGCUCUUUUUGCAAUAUUAAAUUUAUUUUCACAACGGAGCCAGCACAAUUACAAUCUUCUCGUUCUAAGAAGAAAAUUAAAAAGAAGGAGGAGAGCAAGGUUUUUGGCCAUGGCGUUUUGUGGAGCAAUGUGUGCAAUGUCGGUACAGAGAAACGUGUGGGUGCGGAGUCGCAGCCAGGAGUGGUGGGAUACUGAUGUGAGUGGCUUCACAAAUACAGAAUUCAUCAGUAACUUUCGAAUGACCAGAUCCACCUUCGAUUAUGUUUGUGAGCGCCUUCGAUUAACUCUGUCACGGGAAGAGACAUGUCUGCGGCGGCCCAUAACAGUGCAGAAACGCGUUGGAGUUGGAGUGUAUUGGCUAGCAACAGGUGCGUGCUAUUGUACGAUAGCUAACUUGUUCGGCAUAGCCAAGUCUACAGUCUGCUCCAUUGUACACGAGUUCUGCGAAGCAGUUCGCCGUGUCCUCAUGCCCCAUUACAUAAAACUGCCCAAAGGGGAUGACCUGCAAGAGGUCAUUGAAGGCUUCCAGCAGAGAUGGGGUUUUCCGCAGUGUGGAGGAGCCAUUGAUGGGAGUCAUAUCCCCAUCAUUGCUCCAGAGGAUAACCACGCAGAGUAUUUCAACCGCAAAGGGUGGCACUCAGUUCUGCUCCAGGGUGUCGUGGAUCAUCGGUUUUGCUUCACCAACAUCUAUGCUGGAUGGCCAGGGAGUGUUCAUGAUGCGAGGGUACUCCGGAAUUCCCAUGUGUACUUACUCGCAGAGAGAGGGGAGCUUUUUCCACCAGUGAGUAAUCUAGUAAUAGUGAUUUAUAACGUAUACAAUGUCUUUAAUUAUUUAGCUUUUUUUGUGCUUUUAAAUCUUAAGGACACUGAGGAGAUAAUGGGCGUUCAAGUACCAAUCAUGCUGCUCGGUGACCCGGCUUAUCCCCUUCGAAGCUGGCUGUUAAAAGGAUACUGUGACACAGGGACCCUGACAGCUGAGCAGAAGUACUUCAAUGAGUGCCACAGCAGAGCCAGGAUGACUGUGGAGUGCGCUUUCGGCCGACUGAAGGGCCGGUGGAGGUGCCUUGCUAAACGGCUGGAUGUGGACGUUUCCCUCGUCCCCACCAUAAUCAGUGCAUGUUGCACACUCCACAACGUUUGUGAAAUGCACGGGGAGAAUUAUGAAGAGGCUGGUGGAACUGUUCCUCAUGUUGAGAGAUGGGCUGAAGGAGGGGGAUUUGUAGAUGUGCAGCCAUCAAGAAUCAGAGAAGCACUGACUCAGCUUUUUCUUAGCCAACGUUGAGCCACAAACUGGGCUGUCACAAUAAUUACAAUAUCGUUCAACAUUUUGUACUUUUUGACCUCAGUGUUUAUCUGUACAUAUAUUUGUUAGUUAGUUUCUGUGUCAUUACAAGGUCUUAAGUAUUUUAAUAGCUCAAUAUAUUGAAAUCUGUUUUAAAAAUCUUGCAUCAUUUGUUUGAUGAUGUUACUUGACUUGUGUUUAAAAUAAAUUAAAGUUGAACUUCAUGGUUUUAAAAGCCAUUCUAUGAGAUGUUUCAUGUGUAGUUUUUAAGUGAGUUGCUUUGCAUUUAGUGUUAGAUGUAUAAAAAAAAUGAAUUAAAUGAAAAUAAAUUUUAUUUAGGCCUACUC